UUAGGCUAAAACCCUCACCUUCCAGGCCCCUAAACCCCUUCGUUUCUCCGUUUCUUUUCCCAUUUUUUUUCCCCUCAAAAUUCUUCGUUUUUGAUCGAACAUGCAGCAAAAAUCACAGGAUAUAGUGUUUACGAAGCGGCCGUACAUCGAAGAUGUUGGGCCACGAAAAAUACAAAGCAUUCAAUUCUCUAUGUUAUCAGAUUCGGAGAUAUCCAAAGCUGCCGAAGUUCAAGUUUAUCAAGCUCUUUACUAUGAUCCUAAAAGCCGCCCCAUCGAAGGCGGCUUAUUGGAUCCCCGAAUGGGUCCUGCAAAUAAAAGCGGGAAAUGUUCAACCUGCGAUGGAAAUUUUGCGGAUUGUCCAGGGCAUUACGGAUACUUAUCUCUUGCCCUUCCUGUUUAUAAUGUUGGAUAUUUAAGUACAAUUUUAGACAUUUUAAAGUGCAUCUGUAAGUCUUGUUCUCGUAUACUUUUGGAUGAGAAAUUAUGCAAAGAUUAUCUGAAGAGGAUGAGAAGUCCGAAGAUCGAUGCAUUAAAGAAGGGUGAUAUAAUGAAAAGUAUCGUGAAGAAGUGUAGUGCUAUGGCAAGUAGUAAAGCUGUGAAGUGCUGGAGAUGUGGAUAUGUAAAUGGUACGGUGAAGAAGGCUGUGGCGAUGUUGGGCAUUAUUCAUGAUCGUUCAAAAAUUAAUGACAACAGUUUGGAAGAAUUUAGAUCAGCAAUUUCACACACAAAGGAGUCCAAGGCGUCCUUCAACGUUGCUACUUAUGUUCUAAACCCUGUCAAAGUGCUUUCUCUUUUUAAAAGGAUGACUGAUUUGGAUUGCGAAUUGCUAUAUCUUUCUGAUAGGCCUGAGAAGCUCAUCAUUACAAAUAUUGCUGUGCCACCUAUACCUAUCCGACCUUCGGUCAUUAUGGAUGGGUCACAGAGCAAUGAAAAUGACAUUACUGAGAGGUUGAAACGAAUUAUUCAGGCAAAUGCUAGCCUUCGUCAGGAACUAGUAGAAACAAAUGCUGCAUUCAAAUGUCUGGGUGGCUGGGAGAUGCUUCAAGUUGAAGUUGCACAGUACAUUAAUAGUGAUGUUCGUGGUGUUCCAUUUAGUAUGCAAGUGUCAAAGCCGCUGAGUGGUUUUGUUCAGCGCAUCAAAGGGAAGCAUGGACGCUUUCGUGGUAACCUAUCUGGCAAACGUGUUGAAUAUACUGGCCGGACUGUUAUAUCACCUGACCCCAAUCUGAAAAUUACUGAGGUGGCUAUCCCAAUCCAUAUGGCUCGGAUUUUGACUUAUCCAGAACGUGUUUCCAGUCACAAUAUAGAGAAGCUAAGGCAGUGUGUUCGUAAUGGCCCUUCGAAAUACCCUGGUGCAAGGAUGGUCAGAUAUCCUGAUGGUUCAGCGAGGCUCUUGAUAGGUGAUUACAGAAAGCGUCUUGCUGAUGAACUAAAAUUCGGUUGUGUAGUUGAUCGCCAUUUAGAAGAUGGAGAUAUUGUUCUUUUCAAUAGACAGCCAAGCUUGCAUAGAAUGUCUAUCAUGUGCCAUAGGGCGAGAAUCAUGCCGUGGAGAACAUUGCGAUUCAAUGAGUCUGUUUGUAACCCAUAUAAUGCUGAUUUUGAUGGUGAUGAAAUGAACAUGCAUGUCCCGCAAACAGAAGAGGCUCGAACAGAGGCACUCAUGUUGAUGGGGGUGCAAAAUAAUUUAUGCACGCCAAAAAAUGGAGAAAUUUUGGUUGCUUCCACUCAAGAUUUUUUAACAUCUUCCUUUCUCAUUACAAGGAAGGAUACUUUCUAUGACCGUGCAGCUUUUUCUCUUAUAUGCUCCUAUAUGGGUGAUGGCAUGGAUCUUAUAGAUUUGCCGACUCCAGCAUUACUUAAGCCAAUAGAGCUUUGGACUGGUAAGCAAUUGUUUAGUGUUCUAUUACGCCCACAUGCAAGUGUGAGAGUCUACUUGAAUCUUAUCGUUAAGGAGAGGAACUACUCCAGGAAGAUUAUGAAAAGGAUUGGAAAUAAGGAAAUAGAAGUAGAAACAAUGUGCCCUGACGACGGAUUUGUCUAUAUUCGGAAUAGUGAGCUUAUAUGUGGGCAACUGGGGAAGGCUACUUUAGGAAAUGGCAACAAGGAUGGACUUUAUUCUGUUCUUCUCAGGGACUACAAUGCACAUGCUGCUGCUGCCUGCAUGAAUCGGCUAGCUAAACUGAGUGCUCGAUGGAUAGGGAAUCACGGCUUUUCAAUUGGAAUUGAUGAUGUCCAACCGGGGAAAAGGUUGAAUGAUGAGAAAGCAGUAACAAUUUCCGGAGAUUAUAAGAAAUGUGAUGAAGAGAUACAGAUGUUCAAUGAAGGAAAACUAGAGCCUAAACCUGGUUGUGAUGCUGCUCAAACACUAGAAGCUAAUGUAACUGCAAUAUUGAAUAAAAUUCGGGACAAAACGGGGAAGGUAUGCAUGAAAGAACUACAUUGGAGAAACAGUCCAUUGAUCAUGUCGCAAUGUGGUUCCAAGGGUUCUGCUAUAAAUAUAAGUCAAAUGAUUGCAUGUGUUGGUCAGCAGUCAGUUGGUGGUCGUCGUGCUCCUAAUGGAUUCAUAGAUCGUAGCCUUCCUCAUUUUCAUAGAGGAUCGAAAACCCCUGCUGCUAAAGGCUUUGUUGCAAAUUCAUUCUACAGUGGUUUGACGGCUACAGAGUUUUUCUUUCACACGAUGGGUGGGCGAGAAGGCCUUGUGGAUACAGCUGUAAAAACAGCUGAGACAGGAUACAUGUCUCGCAGACUGAUCAAAGCAUUGGAGGACUUGAGCAUUCAUUAUGAUAACACUGUUCGCAAUGCAAGUGGAUGUAUAGUUCAAUUUAUUUAUGGAGAUGACGGCAUGGAUCCUGCAUAUAUGGAGGGAAAAAGUGGAUUUCCUCUGAAUUUUGACAGAUUGUUAAUGAAAGUAAAGGCUACCUGUCCUACAAUAGAACAGAAAUACUUACACGCUGGUUCUAUUAUGCAAAUGUUAGAAGAGCAGCUUGCUAAACAUGAUCCUGCUGGGGUUUGCUCUGAAGCCUUCAAAAAAUCUCUGAAAGGGUUCCUUAAAAGUCAGACGAAUGAACUAGACAGAGUAAUGAAAUUGGUUAACAAUUGUGCACAGAAGAGUGAGAUACUUGAGAAAGUUGGCCAUAAAAUAUCUGGUAUAUCUGACAGGCAGUUGGAGGUUUUUGUUAAUACUUGCAUUUCCCGUUAUCGCUCUAAAGUAAUUGAAGCUGGAACUGCCGUUGGAGCUAUUGGAGCUCAGAGUAUUGGUGAACCUGGGACACAGAUGACGCUGAAGACAUUUCACUUUGCUGGAGUUGCAAGCAUGAAUAUUACACAAGGAGUUCCUCGUAUCAAAGAAAUCAUAAAUGCAGCCAAAAACAUUAGUACUCCCGUAAUUACUGCAGAACUUGAGUUUGAUGAUAAUCCGAACAUUGCACGAAUAGUAAAAGGUCGAAUUGAGAAAACCGUUCUAGGGCAGGUUGCUAAGAGCAUCAAGAUUGUAAUUACUUCAAGAUCAGCAUCAGUUGUUAUCACCCUUGACAUGGAAAUAAUCCUAGAUGCAGAAUUGUAUAUAGAUGCAAAUAUUGUGAAAGAAUCAAUUUUGCAAACUCCGAAAAUUAAACUAAAGGAGCAGCAUGUGAAGGUUUUGGAUGGUAGAAAAUUGGAAGUUGUUCCUCCAGCUGAUAGAAGUCAAAUUCAUUUUGAACUUCAUUCUCUUAAAAAUCUGCUUCCACUGGUUGUGGUAAAGGGCAUAAAAACUGUUGAACGCACUGUUGUUUAUGACAAGAACAAAGAGAAGAAAAAUCAGAAAGAAGGAGAGACAACGAAGCAUUUCCAGUUGCUUGUAGAAGGCACGGGGCUCCAAGCAGUUAUGGGCAUUGAAGGAAUUGAUGGACGGAGCACAUGGAGUAACCAUGUAAUGGAAAUGGAGCAGAUAUUGGGAAUUGAAGCUGCAAGAAAAUGCAUAAUCGAUGAGAUAGCACAAACUAUGGAACAUCAUGGAAUGACCAUAGACAGACGCCAUAUGAUGCUUCUAGCAGAUGUGAUGACAUUUAGGGGGGAAGUUCUUGGCAUCACAAGAUUUGGAAUCCAAAAAAUGGACAAGAGUAUAUUGAUGCUGGCUUCAUUUGAGAGGACAGCUGAUCAUCUUUUCAAUGCUGCUGUUAACGGGAGGGAUGACAAGAUUGAGGGAGUUACUGAGUGCAUCAUCAUGGGCAUCCCAAUGCAGAUAGGCACUGGAAUACUCAAAGUUAUACAGAGAGUUGAUCCACCUCCUAUGCUACGAUAUGGACCAGAUCCAGUUUUAUCUUGAGUUCAUCAUCAUUUUGGAAAUUAUCAAGCGGAAAUUUGUGCAGUCAACAGUAUGUUGAUUAUGCAUCAGCAUCAUCCAUUCAGAGUUGCAAGAUGUCAAAAGAAGAAAACGCGGCCGCACCCGGCCCCCCCCCAACAUCUUUUUUCCCCUGACAGGCACCAGCAUGGUCAGAGGGCUGUAGCAUUUGAGUGAAAGUUUUGCACUUUCUCGUUUCCUGGAAGCUGGCUGGCUUCUAAUCACGAAUGCUGUUCAACAUGGCACUUUCUCUGAUCAGAGAAGAGAGACUGAUUGCAUUUAUCUUAUUAAAAAGUCCCAAGAAUCUCAUCAAAUGUGAAAUAUAGGGACCCUUAACUGUUUCCUCUAUG